ACUAAACACUCUCACACUCUCUCUCCCUUAUCCUUCGUCCUCGUUUCCAUCUCCCUCUUUCGAGGGUUUUUUUCUUUUUUGUUUUUGUUUUUUUUUUCCUUUUUAUUUUCAUUUUCAUUUUUCUUCUUCGAUUUCAAUUUUUUUUCCCUUUUUUUUUCAUUGGAUUGGGCUUUUGAUUCCUCUUAAAACCCUAACCCUAGAAAUCUGUGACACAAAAAAAAAACCCCCCAAUCCCCAAUCUCCUUUGAGGAAGAUGCAACAUCAGCACAGGUUUAAACAGCACGCGAUGAUGCAACAAUCACUGUACCACCACCCUGCUCUCUUGGCCACCGCACCCCAGAUAGAGCCUAUCUUGAGUGGAAAUCUGCCUCCUGGGUUUGAUUCAAGUACAUGCCGCAGUGUAUAUGUAGGUAACAUUCACCCAAAUGUCACCGAACCCGUCCUUCAAGAAGUAUUUGCUACUGCUGGUCCCCUUGAAGGAUGCAAACUCAUCAGGAAAGAUAAGUCAUCCUAUGGUUUUGUGGAUUACUUUGAUCGUAGAUCAGCUGCAGUUGCUAUUGUGACUCUCAAUGGGAGGCUUCUGUCAGGGCAGCCUAUUAAAGUUAAUUGGGCAUAUGCAAGUAGUCAGAGAGAGGACACCUCAGGUCACUUCAAUGUUUUCGUUGGUGAUCUUAGCCCUGAAGUUACUGAUGCUACAUUAUUUGCAUGCUUUUCUGUCUAUCCCAGUUGUUCUGAUGCAAGGGUGAUGUGGGAUCAAAAAACUGGGCGUUCAAGGGGAUUUGGAUUUGUUUCUUUUCGGAAUCAGCAGGAAGCCCAAGGUGCAAUAAAUGACUUAAAUGGAAAGUGGCUUGGAAGUAGACAAAUUCGGUGUAAUUGGGCUGCAAAAGGUGCUACUAACAAUGAUGAAAAGCAGAGUGUAGACUCGAAGAGUGUUGUGGAGCUUACAAGUGGAACAUCAGACGAUGGUCAGGAGAAGAGUAACGAUGAUGCUCCAGAGAACAAUCCUCAAUAUACCACCGUUUAUGUGGGCAAUCUUGCUCCAGAGGUCACUUCAGUUGAUCUCCACCGUCAUUUCCAUGCUCUUGGUGCUGGAACCAUUGAAGAUAUUCGUGUGCAAAGAGAUAAAGGUUUUGGUUUUGUGAGAUACAGUACACAUGCUGAAGCUGCUCUGGCUAUUCAGAUAGGGAAUACUCGGUUCCUCUGUGGCAAACCAAUAAAGUGCUCAUGGGGUAGCAAGCCUACUCCACCGGGAACAAGCUCCAACCCUCUACCUCCACCAGCCGCUGCACAUAUACCAGGUUUUUCAGCCGCUGACCUUGCAGUCUAUGAACGAAAUAUUGCAUUAAGCAAAAUGGCUGGUGCACAAGCCCUUAUGCAUCCACAAGGCCAAUAUGCGCUUAAGCAGGCAGCCAUGGGAAUUGGUGCCGCUGGAGCUAAUCAGGCUGUAUAUGAUGGUGGCUUCCAGAAUGUUGCAACAACCCAGCAUCUCAUGUACUACCAGUAAAUUAUAAAUUGAAAACUCCCAUUAUACCUUUGCCAGGGGGUUAAUCAUCUUAAAGACUAGUAUGUUUUACCUUUAAAAAAAAAAAAAAAAAUCCCUUGUCAUUAGUACUGGUUAGCUUGCUAUAUUUCUAUUUGAUACCUGUUGUGUGCGAUAGAUUAUACUAUUUUUCUUUGGGGAUAUGAUGAUCCGACUCAGCUAAGCACUAUCCCUUUUACAGCUUUUCUUUGUUUAAGAGAGUGAUUUCAAGGAAGUCCUGGAUAAAUAUAUUUUGUCUUUUUUCA